AUGAACCAGGCCUUCAGUGGUUCUGGUCUGCAGCCAGAGGCUCUCGUUGCUGCCUACGGAUUAGCAGAGCACUGCCUCGCCGUCACCGAUCGCCGCCGCAUCAGCAGCAGCAGCAGCAGCAGCAGCAGCAGCAACAGCAGCAGCAGCAGCAGCAGUACAACAUUAGAUGUUAAAGGUGGUUCUGGUCUGCAGCCUGAGGCUCUCGUUGCUGCCUACGGGUUAGCAGAGCACUGCCUCGCCGUCACCGAUCGCCGCCGCAUCAGCAGCAGCAGCAGCAGCAACAGCAGCAGCAGCAGCAGCAGCAGCAGCAACAGCAGCAACAGCAGCAGCAGCAGCAGCAGCGGUACAACACCUUGCUGCUGCCGUCCUGCUGCUCCCCUGCUGCUCACCUUUGAUGCUGCAGAAUUCGAAAAGGGUUGGGCUGUGCCUGCUGAGGAAGCAGCAAAAGCAAAGACAAUAAAACACGUCAGCUGCGGCCCCCCCAACUACGGUGUAUACAGUAAGCAGCAGCAGCAGCAACUGCAGCAGCAACUGCAGCAGCAGCAGCAACAACAGCAGCAGCUGCGGCACCAACUGCAGCAGCAGCAGCAGCAGCAGCAACAGCAGCUGCAGCAGAACCAACAGAAGCAGAAGCAGAUGCAGAAGCAGCAGAAGCAGCAAGAAUAG